AGGAUACUCGAGUUUGGUAGUACCUGUAAAUUAGAUAUUACUUUACAGAUUAACACUUGCCAUAACAACUCUUGCAUUUGUCUGGUAAAUAAGUUAAUUUUUACUAAAUUAUAUUUUUUAAUAUAAUACAUCUAUAUAUAUAUAUUACUAGAUAUAGCUUAAUGAAUCUUUUAUAGAAAAUAUACUGGUACAUAAUUAGAUAUUACUGGCUAGAAAGUUUAACGUUAUUUAUAUUUUAGAUAGGAUAUUGGUAUAGAAACAGUAAACUGAUAGUUGCUUAGGAAAAGCAGGAUUGUUCUAUUGAUUAAUAUAAAUAUAUAUUUCUUUUCUGUAUUUUACCUAAUUUUGUAUUAUAUAUAUAUAUAUAUAUAUAUCGUUUCUUUUUCCUAUAUAAUUUACAAGAAAUUGGAUGGAAAUGAGGACGUGGAACGUUUACGUACUGCUUCUCUGAAAAAAUUUCCAAUAGGUUGUCAUUGUUUAUUUCAAAACGUUAUUAUUUACUUUUCCGUAUUAAAUUACAUAAAUACAGAAGAACGUCAUUUUCCUGACGCUCAGCAGCUAGAUCCUGAGAUGGAAAUUAGCGAGGACAAUGUAAAACUGCAUCAAGCUAUGUUAAGACGGCAAGAAUUAUUGGAUAGAAUAAGGCACGAACGACAGGUUAAUGACGAAUUAAGGAGGCCAAGAUCCUAUACAGGUAAAAGGUAUAGAAGUCCUUCUCCUAUAGCUCCCUCGAGACAUUCUCUUCCUGAGAGAGGAAACCGUCACGUUAUAGAACAUCAAUUCAGGCAUGUUCAGCAAAGCCCUGUCCAUUUACCACCUAUCCAACAGCAUCCUCCCAGUCAGCCAAUUUAUUACCCACCGCCUGUGGUAGAGCAAAAAAACAGCAAAGCAGAACUUAUGGAACUGAUGCUUAUGCAAAACGCUCAAAUUCAUCAAAUGGUUAUGCAACAGAUGAUGUUAAGUGCAAUUCCUCCAAAACCUUACCAGAAUUAUCCAUCAGAACAGCAAAAACCUACAAUUAACCAUUUCCAUCAAUAUCCUAAUCAGUAUACCCAACUGCCUCCAAUUCGAACACAAGGACUUUUGCCGACAAGACACGAACAUAGGCCUCUUCCUAUAGAGUCUUUAAGAAAGUUUAGACGUGCGGCCUACGCAGCGUAUUUCAUUAAAUUACUUGCCAAUAAAAGAUUCAGGCUUCGUACAUCGGAUAAAAAUACAUCUUUUAUGUUUGGUAUCAACUUGAAGGAGAUAGUAGCAGCUCUACAUAGAAUUUACUUGGAACCUACUGGGAAAAUUUAUUCCGCUUUGAGAGAUGCAAUUUCCGAGAAAUCAUCACCGUAUGCCAUUAUCUUUGAUUCAAAUGCUAAAAAGGAAGAGUUGAAGAAAACUUAUACAGAAAUGGAAUAUGUAGUCGAAAAUGUUGUUUACGGAAUUACAGCUAUUAUGAUCUCGACCUCUGAUAAGACUUAUCAUAGUGAAACUGGUUUCGACGCCUAUUCAAUAGAUAAAAUCGAUGAGAACUUGAAUGAAAGAAUAGAAACUAUGGAAAGAGACACUAAAGAGCAGGUUGCUUCGGAUACAAAAGCAGGGGACAAAGAUAAUAUUCCCAUGGAAGAGAAUUUAAAUGAGGAGAUAAGUUAUACGGCAAUCAAUUACAAUGAAAGAGGAAUUAGUCAUGAUAAAGAAAUUAGACAAAUGAUUGAGCUAAAUAAAUCUGAAGAGAUAGGAGAAUUAUUACUUUCAAAUAUAGAGUUGAAUAAAAAUCUGGAUCUAACAGACGAUGACCUCGAUUCUAUGUUAGAGAAUACAAAUGUCGAAGAGAUCAAAAGCAAAGGAAAUAACGUUCGAUUUAAAAUCGAAGACGCUGAAGAGGCCAAAAUCGAUUUAGAAAAGGAACUAAUUAACAAUGAGGCAGAAUUAAGUCCUGAUGUAGAAAAUGAUUUAGAGCAUUUAAAGUCGCAGUCUAACGAAACAAAUGCUUUAAAAAUCGAAGAGGUACAAGCUGAAAAAGAAAUAGUAUCAGAAAUAGGCGGUAAGGAUGAAAGAAGCGUUGAAUUGCCAACCGAACCGGAUGUAGAACGGACGGAACCUACAUUCGAUAACCAAUUGGAUAAUAAAGAAGUAAUGGAGGAAGCUGAAAGAGAAAUACUGGUAGAGUUCGCUGAGAAUGAAAACGUUAAAGGGUCAAAAUCUCUUGAAAUUAAGGAAAUUAAUAUCGAGGCAAAGGAAACGAAUAAUGAAGGCAAAUUGCGUGAAAAGGAAAAUGAAAAACUGGACAAAAGUGGAAUCGUAGCAAAUGUCCUAAAUUUAGAAGAAGAACAGAAAGAGCAAAUUUCACGUAAACAUGAUGUUGAUGGCAAUCUCAACCUCGAUUUUAUUUUAAAAACAAAUCAGGAUAAGGUUAACCCACAAACAACAAGUAUUAAAGACGAAUAUGACUAUUAUAAAGAUCUAGAGGAAACAAGCGUCACUAUUGACGAAUUGGUGAAAAUAAAUAUGAAAUAUUUGAUUUAG